CUUCUGUAUAAGGAGGAAAGACUAAUUGGUUGUGAUUAGCGUCGAAUUCAAGGCAUGUCACUACGGGGCUCGUGGAAGCCUUUGGCUGCUCUUGUAGCUGUUGGAACGCCUGGAUACCUCUAUUAUCGAUACCGUGUCAAGCAGGAAAGCUUUGAAAUCCCAGUCAGGGUCAAAGGUCCGGACGGCAAGUCCGAGAUGUCCACCAGGACCUUUUCUAUGCUCCCCAUGAAGGUCCUGGAAGCGCGCUUAAACCAGAAUGCCUCAUCUCACGUCCACCUUCGACCUGACGGGCUUACCUGGAAGCACACUACUGCGUCUCUGGCGUCAAAUGACCCCAUUGAAGAUGCAAGCGCCAACGCCAUAGUCCAGCGAGACGAGGCCGACCCAGCAGGACCCGGAGACUUCCUCUUUUUCGCCGUAAUGGAUGGGCACGGUGGCUUCGAGACAUCCCAGUUGCUCUCCAAAGUCAUUAUCAAAGCAGUUGCCGCAAAAAUCUCUGCGUUGAACGCAGAGCCUUCGGGCCAAGGUCAAUCAAGCUGGUGGAAUGGGCUUCGCUCUGGACUGUUGGGAACUGCGCCCCAAUCGGCAAGCCCACAAACACCGGGUGACGCGGAUCCUCAGCGUGUCUCCUCUGCCAUCCAGGAAGCAUAUCUAGAACUUGAUCAAGAACUCAUAAAUGCCCCACUUCGUAUCCUCGCCGCAAACCUCGAUGAUGAAGCUAGAAAGAAAGGAACUAUUCCUGAUCUCAGCAAACACCCUUUGGCUUUGAAAGCGAUGCAACCCGCCAUCUCCGGAAGCUGCGCACUCUUGAGUGUUUUUGAUACUGCUCACCGCAAUCUUUACGUUGCCGUUGCUGGAGAUAGUCGUGCUGUCGCUGGAGUUUGGGAACCCUCGGAAGAUGGCAAAGGAAGUUGGCGCGUCGAGGUCCUUACAGAAGACCAGACGGGCCGAAACCCUUCUGAAUUAGCACGGAUCCGAUCGGAGCACCCCAAGGAGGAGGAGAACGACGUGAUUCGGGAAGGCCGUGUACUCGGUGGCUUGGAGCCCACUCGCGCUUUUGGAGAUGCAAGAUACAAAUGGACUCGCGCUGUUCAAGAAACCCUGAAUCAAGCCUUCCUUGUCGGAAAUGGAACUUCAAUGCGAAAACCUCCGGCGCUGUUCAAGACACCCCCAUAUGUUACCGCGAGACCCGUCGUGACCCAUCGCAAACUGGCUCUGUCUGAAGGUGAUGGGAGUGGCAAACCGAACUACUUCUUGGUGAUGGCGACCGAUGGACUUUGGGAUGAAUUGAGGUUCGUCGUAUGCGCAUGGUUAGAUCGAAUCAGGCAGGCUAAUGCUCGCUUUAGCAACGACGACGUGAUCAGCCUAGUCGGAGGUUAUCUUUCUGGCUUGAAAGGGACUGUCCCGAAAUCCGAAUUACCGUCCCUUGUGCCCGUAUCCACUGGGGCUGAAGGCGUCGAGGGCAAGCGCCACAGGAAGGCCAACAAGACAGACGGAUCUUGGGCGUUCGUGGAUGACAAUGUCAGCGUGCACCUCAUCCGAAAUGCCUAUGGUGGCGGCGACGAGUCGACUCUGCGGCGUCGUCUGAGCAUUCCUGCGCCCUUCUCUCGAAGGUACCGGGACGAUGUCACAGUCACAGUUGUAUGGUGGGAGAACGGUACUCAACAAACGGCAACGAUUUCCAAGGAUCAGCUUAAGGCCAAACUGUAA